CCCUAACGUGUCAAAUGUCUGUAGUCAAAGUCGCGCUGCGAGUGCGUACGGUGAAAAACGAGUAGCGGAGGCAUCGCUCGGCGCCUGCAGUGUCAAAGCGUGUAACAGUUGGCAGCGGCUUUCAGGACUCCAUCGGAACACUAUAACCCACACAAGCUGAGGCCCUUUCCCGGAGAUUAUGGUUGCUUUCGGAAUUGUAAGGAUGAAAGCAGCAGCAGCUUUCCUUGGUUUGCGGUUGUGGGCACGUUUGACAGCGCGGUUGUAAAAAUGUCCCUCCCACUCCGGCUGAGGGAGUGAGCAAAGCAGGAAGGAAGGGGAGGCUUUGAAUGCUAAAAGGGUUGCAAAUGUUGAAGAAGUGCGAGAAGUGGGGGUUUGAACAUCAAGAAAUGGAGUGGUACAAUUAACCUGCAAUGUGCCAGGUUACAGUGAGCCUUCAUCGCCAUCAUCAUCGUUGCCUUGCUCUUCAUCUUCGCUAAGAGAGAUGUGUCAUUUCUACAUGGGAUCCCAGUAAUCAUGGAGAUUGAAAACAUUGUGGCCAACACCGUACUGCUGAAGGCAAGGGAAGGAGGAGGUGGUAAGAGGAAUGGCCGAAGUAAAAAAUGGAAGGAAAUGCUAAAAUUGCCACAUAUCAGUCAGUGUGAAGGGUUAAGGCAAACAAUUGAACGGGACUAUUACAGCCUCUGUGAGAAGCAGCCAAUUGGAAGACUUCUCUUUCGACUAUUCUGUGAUACUAGACCAGAGCUGAAGAGAUGUAUUGAGUUCCUGGAUGCAGUAGCAGAGUAUGAAGUGGCACAAGAUGAGAAGCGCAAAGACUGUGGUUUAAAUGUUUUAGACUCCUUCUUUAAUAAUGGGUCGGCAGCCCACUUACCGGAAAUACCUCAGGAAGCAGUUCAAGAAUGCAGAGAGAAACUGGAGCAGAGUCCAUGUAAAGAGCUCUUCAAAGAAUGCACUCGAAUUGUGCAUGAAUAUCUCAGUGGGGAACCAUUUUCGAAGUAUCAAGAAAGCAUGUACUUUUCACGUUUCCUGCAGUGGAAAUGGCUGGAAAGCCAACCUGUAACCAAAAAUACCUUCAGGCAUUACAGAGUUUUGGGCAAAGGUGGAUUUGGAGAGGUAUGUGCUUGUCAAGUCCGUGCCACUGGUAAGAUGUAUGCCUGCAAAAAGCUGGAAAAGAAAAGAGUGAAAAAAAGAAAAGGAGAAGCAAUGGCACUAAAUGAAAAGCGGAUUUUGGAGAAGGUUAACAGCAGAUUUGUUGUUAGUCUAGCCUAUGCCUAUGAAACGAAAGAUGCACUUUGUCUAGUUUUAACAAUAAUGAACGGCGGUGACUUGAAAUUCCACAUCUAUAACAUGGGAAAUCCUGGCUUUGAUGAGAAGAGGGCUGUGUUUUAUGCUGCCGAGAUCUGCUGUGGGCUGGAGGAUUUGCACAAGGAGCGGAUUGUGUACAGGGACCUGAAGCCAGAAAACAUUCUUUUAGAUGACCGUGGUCACAUUCGCAUCUCAGACCUUGGUCUUGCAGUUCAGAUCCCAGAAGGAGAAAGCAUUAGAGGAAGAGUUGGCACAGUUGGAUAUAUGGCUCCUGAGGUGAUAAAGAAUGAAAGCUAUAACUUUUGCCCUGACUGGUGGGGACUUGGCUGUAUUCUCUUUGAGAUGAUCCAAGGACAGUCUCCUUUCCGGCGGCGCAAGGAACGAGUGAAACGGGAAGAAGUUGACAGGAGAGUACGUGAGGACCAAGAAGACUACUCUGACAAAUUCUCUGAAGAGGCUAAGUCUAUCUGUAAGAUGCUUUUGGCCAAAGAUCCCAAGGAACGACUUGGCUGCCAAGGAGGUGGUGCCACAGAAGUUAAACAGCAUGCGAUAUUUAAAAAUAUUAAUUUUAAGAGGCUGGAGGCCAACAUGCUGGAUCCCCCUUUUAUUCCUGAUCCUCGAGCCGUGUACUGCAAAGAUGUUUUGGAUAUUGAACAGUUUUCAACAGUAAAAGGAGUCAAUUUGGAUCCUACCGAUGAUGAUUUCUAUCAUAAAUUUGUUACGGGCAGUGUCUCCAUCCCUUGGCAGAAUGAGAUGAUUGAGAUGGAAUGUUUCAAGGAGCUCAAUGUCUUCGAGUCGGAUGGCACCCCCGGCCCAGACCUAGAUGUUAAUAAGCCCAAUCCCCCUGCAAAGAAAGGUUUCUUUUAUCGGCUGUUCAGAAGGGAGGUAAACCAUCAUUAGCCCUGCUAGUGUCGUUGAACAACUGAUGCAAACCUGGGCUUUUCUGCUGCACCCUGUUAUUGUAUGACAAAGUCUCCUAGAAAAUGACAGGGUCAUAUUCAAAGGAAUUAAAAAGAUGCUUGGAGGAAUACACACUGAAGCCUGAACCUUACCACUGUCAAGGCUUUCAGCCCUUAUUGCAGUUCAUUUUACAGAACACAAAGACCACAGCCAGUUAUUUGAGAUGCUGGACCUUCUGGAACCAUAUUAACCACCUGUGUUACCAUGUUAUACUGAGGGGAGGAUUAUGAGCUCCCAAUAAUCUAACUGCCAAGCAGGCACCCCUCACACCCUGAAGACAGACACACAGUUCUCAUUCAGUAUCCAUUUUGAUGCUGCUAUUAUUUUGUAAAUCAUAUCUUGCGACUAGACAUUCAAUUCACGGAUGAGGCUUUUCAUUGUUCUUUAUGUCUUUUUUGAAGUAUGGCUUGGCUCUUAGAACAAAUUAAAGAGAACAAAAGUUUCUCCACUACCUCCAGGAAAGUCGUCCUUAGUUCAGAUCUGGUUGGGUGUCUUCGGUGUAUCCAGUUUUUGUCAUCUGUUUUUAUCUGUUAAACGGGGCGACUUUUGAUGUCUCGACAUGUUUUAGAUUUUUUCAUGUCACUUGAGCUUACUAGUUGCAACAAAUAAUUAAAUUAUGGGGUUUUUAACUUUUCUUUUUAAAACAAUCUAAGUCAACAUUUUGGUAUCUGAGAUUCCCAUUUUCGGAAACAGAACUUUUCCACCACAAAAUCAUUUGUUUUAAAAUGGACUGAGUCAAACAAAAGACACAGUGGGGAGGUUACUUUAAAAAUAGUGGAUCUCAAUGCAAGGCCAUCUCAUCGUAGACAAGUGCACUGUGUCCAAAGAAAUGCUUCAGUCAAAGCGUAAGUUUGCCGUAACGUAUUGCUUGCAGUGUGACAUAAAUCUGAAGGAUUUAACAAAAACAGAUAUUUCUGGGGUUUUUUUUUGGCAAAGACAGCUUUUUGUCUGUCAUCUAUUAAAGCAUUGACUCUUAAACAUCAAAUUGCUAGAAAAUAUUGUAAGGAGUGAUUUUGUUUUCAGUCCCCAGGUGUUUUUUUUUAUUAAUGGGUUACAGUGGUGAUGAAGAGGACCCAUCAAGACAGCCACUCUCUUAACCAAACUGUCACAGUUUAAAAAAAAAAAGUUUUACUGUAUUUAUGACUUGUAUUAAAAGUGUAUUAUAAAUGAAAAGAAAUUACUGUAUGAGUUUACAGAUUUUGUACAUUUGUACUUGAAUUGUCUAGAUGUAUAUUUUCACUAAAGUCGUAUUGUACAAAAAGCCAUAUAAAUACCACUUGAAUGCAUACAUUUUUGGAAUGUAUAUUUAAAUGUUUGUGGGAGUUUUUUGCCUUUUAAUUUUAUUUU